CACCGUUUUCUAUAAGCUGGCUUAUGCAUAAGCACAAGACCAAAACAAGUCCCCCUUAAUCUUUCAUGGUUGUUUUUCCAGCUCUGAUUGAGUAGCGAGCGAGGAGGGCAGGUGGUGGAAGCAGACUGAGAGGAGAAAUAAUGGCAGGGAAAGAAGAACCCAAGUCCCGCAAGGAGAAGCGAAAAGAAGCGAGGUCCAAUAAGAACAAGCAGCGGUUUCUCUCCUGGGUUCAGCACCAGGGUGGCAAAAAUAAGAAGCCGGAAAAGCCAUCCGUGCAACCGAGUCCGGUAGAGGAGAAGAAACCGAAGAAAGAGCAUAAGAAGAGGAGGAGAAGUGAGCCCGAGGAAGGCCACAAGGCCAAGGCCAAGUCCAAGUUCCAGGAGUAUCUUGAACUGGAGAUGGGUGGCGCUGUGGGCAGAGAGGAGGAUCUGGAGACUGAGAGGAAGCUUGCAAAGAAGCUCAAAGUGAAGAAAGGAAAGCUGGGGGGGCCGGAUGACGGUAUGGAUGAUCUUUUCGGGGACCUUGGAUUUGGUGGUGACUAUGGUUCGGAUGCUGAAACGAGGGAGUAUGGUGAGGACAUGCUGGAUGACAGUAAACCGGAAAAGAAGAAACGGAAAAAGAAAAAUAAGAAAGUGAAGGAUGAUGACUCAGAGGACGGCGAUGGGGAUGUGGUGGAUGACAGUAAGGCAGACAAGAAGAAACAGAAGAGGAAAGACAAGAAGAAAGUGAAGGAUGAUGCCACGGAGGAACCAGGUGGUGGAGGUGUGGAAAUGGCUGAAGAAAGCGAUGUAUCGGUUCACGAAUCUGAGGGUGAAGAGCUUAAUGUGGUUGAAACACCCUCAGUCUCAAAGGCAAAGUAUGUGCCUCCUAGUCUACGUGCUAUUCCUAGUUCAGAAGCAGAAGAAAUCUCCGUUUUACGCCGGAGAGUAAGAGGACUUCUAAACAGGCUUUCGGAGUCCAAUGUGGAGUCUAUUACUCAGGAAAUUGCUGCACUUUUUCGUUCAGUUCCUCGAGGUGUUGGCUGUCAGUUAAUUGGCGAUGAAGUUUUGGCAAGUUGUUCCCGGGGACCUCGUGGCAACGAACAGUAUGCUGCUGUAUUUGCAGCCUUUGUUGCUGGUAUGACGUGCUUGGUUGGUAUGGACUUCAGUGCCAAAAUCCUUUCUUCUCUUGCCAAUUCUUUUGAGAAUGAGUACUCAAAAGAUGAUGGGUUAUCUCUGAGAAAUAUUACCUUACUUCUCUCAUAUUUGUGCAUAUUUGACGUCAUUGCAAGUGAUAUUGUGUAUGAUCUUCUGUCGGUGCUGAGCAAGCGCUUGACAGAGCUGGAUGUCUCAACAGUAUUAACAAUCCUACAAUGCUGUGGAAUGAAGCUGAGGGGAGAUGACCCAGGUGCAAUGAAAGAUUUUGUACUAAGUAUUCAGAACUCUGUAAGUCAGUUGAAAUCGUGCUCAGCUGGCCAAGAUGGAAAAGCAGAUAUUCACAGUAAAAGAAUGGAGUUUAUGCUCGAGACAAUAUGUGACAUUAAGAACAACAAAAAAAGGCCCAAAGAGGAUCCUUCUCACCAUACCCGUAUAAAAAAGUGGCUUCAAAAGCUAAAGUCAGAAGAUAUCCUCCUGCGUGGGCUAAAAUGGAGUAAGCUUUUGGACCCUGAAAAGAAAGGGCAGUGGUGGUUGUCUGGGGAUGUUUCAUCCACACCAGGCAAUAUUGAAGAUGUUGCAACAGUUAUCAGCAAGGAGGUCGUAGAGGCACAAAAACUGGUUCAACUUGCAGCUGCCCAGCGGAUGAACACUGACAUACGAAGAGCAAUCUUUUGCAUCAUAAUGAGUGCUGAAGACUACAUAGAUGCUUUUGACAAGAUUCUGAGGCUGGACCUAUCCGGAAAGCAGGAUCGGGAAAUUAUGAGAGUCAUUGUUGACUGUUGUCUGCAAGAGAAGACUUUCAAUAAAUAUUAUGCUGUUCUUGCCUCCAAGCUAUGCAGCCAUGACAAAAAUCAUAAGUUCAGUUUACAGUACUGCAUCUGGGAUCGUUUUAAGGAGCUAGAUACGAUGGAGUUGAAUCGAUCCAUGAACCUUGCAAAACUAGUUGCAGAGAUGCUUGCAAAUUUCUCCUUGUCACUCGCGACAUUGAAGGUCGUCAAUCUGGCAAACCCAGUGGAGAUGACCCCAAAAAAGAUCAUGCAUUUCCGAAUGGUGUUUGAGACCUUGAUACAGAAAGAAGACUCGCUUGUGUGGAACGUCUUUACCCGUAUCGCUGGGGCUCCAGAGCUUGAAAUCUUGAGAGAUGGAAUUGUGAUGUUCGUCAAACAGUAUGUGAUGACUAAGGACACAGAGAAGGACUUGGCUGGGAAGUUCAAGAUCGCAAAGAAGGCGCUUGAUAAUUCUGCUGGUGUUUUGAUGUAAUAUUUCCAGCAGUUCAAGGUGGCUUAGCUGCCUAUUUUUUCUUCGUUAUGUGACACACGGCUUGCAGUUUUCAUUUCCUGUUCUGAGGAAAUGAAGAUGAAUUGUUUUUGUAAGUUGCAUCCACACUAUUAGAAUGAUUUUCUGAAGUCAAUGAUGCAAACUUGUAUACACAGUAUUGUUCCAGAAAUUUGAUGAUGAUGAGCAUAGAAACUUUUGAGAUGCCAUUUCAUAGCAAGUA